UAGUUAAAAGUGGAAGGAGUCAAUUAUCAAUGACGCGAUUAAUUCGUGUUUAAUGAUAAUAAUAAUAAUUAUUAUUAUUAAACACGAAUUAAUAAUAAUGGUGAUAAUCACCUCAUUGUUUACACUCCACAUGAAACAACACUUUGGAGACCAUAACCUGACGUCAAAACGACGUGCAGCAGCAGCUGCUACGAUUCCAUCCCUACCACCAGAAACAUCUCUACCAAAAUUCAAUACUACUAAUAAUUACAUCUCCACCAAAAUUAAUGUCUAUCCAAAAAUGCAAACGUGAACAAUUAAACAAUGGCCGAAACUGAAUCAGCGCAGGGCGUCCAAUGUCCUAUAUGCUCGAAAACAUUUCUUCCCUCGAUAAUAGAAGUUCAUGCCUCCAAGUGUCUCUUCCUGAACGAAUCCUCGGAAAACAAAGACAGCCAAAAUUUUUUAAAACGAUCCAGUUCCGGAGGGAACGCCACUUCGUCGAAUUCCAAAAGUCCUGGAGUCAAAAGAGCACAUAAGACAGUCAAUAAGAGCAACUCCAAAACGGCAACGGGAAAAGCAGUUUCUUCAGUUUCUGAAAAUCGAGAAAAAAGUCCGGAAAAGUUGACAGUAUUAAAUGAUCAAGCGAAUGUUCAGCCGCAAGUUGUUUCGGAGGUUCCCAAAAAGUUCAACACAAAAAAUGAUCACAUUCCAUUGGCUGAAAAAAUGAGACCAACUUCACUUUUGGGCUACAUCGGACAGUCUCACAUAAUGGGGAAGCGAAGUAUGCUUUUGCAGCUUUUAGAAAAAGGAGAAAUACCAAACAUUAUUCUGUGGGGCCCCCCCGGCUGUGGUAAGACUUCGCUGGCAAAUGUUAUAGCAAACAUUUGCAAAAAGAGUCCGAACGGGAAACUUCGCUACGUGAAGCUAUCAGCGGCAAUGUGCGGAGUCGCAGAAGUAAAAGAAUCUGUGACAAUUGCGACAAACGAGUUGAAGUUUGGUCGACGAACAGUAAUGUUUAUGGAUGAGAUUCAUCGCUUCAACAAAUCACAGCAGGACAUUUUUCUGCCACAUAUUGAAAGUGGGACGAUAGUCUUGAUCGGUGCAACAACCGAAAAUCCAUCUUUCAGUCUCAACUCAGCGCUGUUGAGUCGUUGUCGAGUGCUUGUUUUGGAAAAAUUGAGCAGUGCCAAUUUGCUGGACAUUCUGUCCAGAGCGGUCGAUUCUUUGAAUGGGAAAAUCCACGUUUCCUCUGGCUCAAAAAGUUUACCAGGAACAAGUACUGCGAGAAAAAGUAUUUUGGAUCCCUUUGAAUGGGAGCUGGACGAAGUGGCUAAAGUUCCAAAAUUUCUCAUCGACUCCCAGACUAUCGAAUGGCUCGCUGAUACUUGCGACGGUGACGCUCGAAUUGCUCUCGGUGGCUUGGAACUUGCAGUCCAGUCUAUCGCUCCCUCCGAUGAAGAAUUUUUUCUCAAAGGCCCUGCGACCAUCGGAUUGGAAGAUGUGAAAGAAAGUCUCAAAAAGACUCACAUGCUUUAUGACCGUAAAGGCGAACAACAUUAUGACAUUAUUUCUGCUCUCCAUAAAUCUGUGCGAGCCAGUGAUGAAAAUGCCUCGCUUUAUUGGCUCGCGAGAAUGAUCGCGGGGGGAGAAGACCCCGUUUAUAUUGCCAGACGUCUCGUCAGGAUGGCGUCCGAAGACAUUGGUCUGAAAGACCCAAAAGCGCUCUGUAUAGCCGUAGACACGAUGCAUGGCUGCAAAAUGUUGGGAAUGCCCGAAUGCGACGUUCUGUUAGCUCAGUGCGUUACGUACUUGGCCAAAGCACCCAAAUCCAGAUUGAUGGAAGAUGCUUUAAGAGCAGCACAGAGGCUGAUCGCUGAACACAAAGGCCCACAACCUGGAGUUCCGUUGCACCUGAGAAACGCUCCAACAAAACUUAUGCGGAAUAUAGGGUAUGGUCAAGGCUACAACAUGAAGCACAAGGAUCAAUCCGGAUUGAAUUAUUUGCCGGAAGGAUUGGAGGACGUUGAUUUCUUCCAAGAAUCAAAUUAAUCGAAAAUCGAAUAGUUUUUCGAUCUUAAGUGCUGGACACAUUCUACCUCAGAGAAAAUAUCACGAAAAUUUAAUCAUUAAGUUUUUUUUCCAUAAAUUCUAAUUUUCAAAUCGCCCCGGCGUCCUCUUUUUUUGCAUUAUCUUUCGGUGAUAUUCGAUUACGUAAGAAUUCGUGAAUUUGAUCCAAAUUCUCGUUUUUAUCGGCCUCAAAAUCGUUGCCCUGAGAAAAAAAAUUCACAUUUUAUUUCGCAAUGAAGAAUUUUGUAUGACCAUGGAAAAUCGAUGCUCGAACAAAUAAUGCUAAAAAGUGCUAAUCGAAAAAUGUUUUGUUCCAAUUACUGUAAUAAAUUAAAAUUAUUUAUAUGCUGAGAA